AUGGGGUCCUGGGCACUGGUCGCAAAGCGAGUACUGCACUACAGAGAGAGUGUUCUGGAACAGGUUCUCCAGUGGAGCACACUGCCUGAGCCUGAAUCUGCUUACUUGAUCAUAAAACAGUUUCAAGCUGCAAAAGCCAUCAAAAAGUACCUCGUGAAAAAUGUCAAAGACUCUGUGAAAACAGGAAUUCUAAAAUGGAGAGAAGAGCCAUCCAAAUUAUUAUCUGGAAAUAAAUUUCAGGAGCGUUACUUUGUCCUGCGGGAUGAAAAGCUGCUCCUUUAUAAGGACGCCAAGAGCAAUAAAACUGAAAGAGAAGUAGUUAUGAAGUCCUUAAAACUGUACCUUGGCCUGAAAAAGAAACUGAAGCCUCCGACUAGCUUGGGCUUUACACUUUAUUCAGAAAAACAGCAGUGGUAUUUGUGCUGUGAUAAGGAAGACGCAUAUAUGGAAUGGUUAGUUAGUUUGCUCAAUGCACAGCAUGAAGGUGACCUUUGGCGACUAGAUGCAAAGUUGCAUGUUUCAUCAGCGAUAUUGAAUGCAAAACUCAGCAACAUGGGUUUAACGCCAGGUCAGAAAAAGAUUGAUGGCAGAAAAAUGGAACAAGCACAUGACUGCAGGAAGCUGAAGCUGAAGGAUGCCCUUCAUCAAACAUUUGGUGAGGAUGCACAGGGGAGAUCUCAUCACUUGGCUGCCUGCCAACACCACUCAGAGGUUCUGCCUGCAAAUGGACAGGAGCCAAAUCGACCCACUUUACAUCCAGGUCAAAGCAAUGUAACACAAAACAUCACAAAAUUAGAACGUAAUCAAGGACCACAGUAUUCAGGUCAAGCAGAAGGCACCCUUAAUAAAAUGAUUUUUGGAACUGAUGCAAAACUGCAUUCACAACUCAUGCAGGAGCUGAACACUGUCUUUCUACAAAGUAAUCCAUUGGUUAAGAAUGAGUAAAGUAUGUCUUCAUCUCUUAAAAUAUAUAGACAGCUUCAUCAUCUUUAGUGAACACCAUGCAUCAUAAAAUGAAGAUAUUUUGCUUCAUAAGAAUUCACAAUUAAGAGGCUAUUUCCAUUCGGCUAUUUACAUCAUUCCAUUUUUAAUUUAUCUUAUUAAACAACAGCUUGGAUCCAUUCAAAUUGUCUGAUUUUAGAAACUACAUUGAUCCAUAUUAAAUACUCAAAAGUAAAAUCCUGACAUACCCAUGCAAUACUUUAUAGGACCAUCCUUGAGGCUUGUCUUGCAUCAAAGUUGAAUUACAUGGUGCUUAUGACUAAAUUGGGUGUGGCUGGUCAGGCCAUUUGGGAAGAAUUGUUGCUAUGCAGCCUGCAUAUUAAGUGCAGAUGGUCAUAGCCAAUGAACAACCGUUAGUUUGCUUGGAAUUGUCAUUGUUGAUAAUUGACUGUGAUGUUUAUCUUCUUUAUCAGAUUAACAUCGGACUAGAAAGGUUAUCUCCCUCUUGUCAAACCACAUAUUUCAAUCAAGUUCCUAUAAAGGAAUAUUUUAGAUUUAAUUAGACCCACAGUGACAUAAUCCUCAAGUAUCCAUUUUCAAGACACGAUAUGUAUUUCUUAGAAAACAGUUAAGCAUGCAGAGAUGUGUAACCAAGUGACUGGUCUCCAAAACCAUCCAAUUCGCUGAUAGCAUGUCAGUUUGACAUUUAUAUACAAAGGAAGAUGAAAUGAAGUACAGAAAAGGGAAUUUUAUACUUUCAUAAAAUUGGCAUUUAUGAUUUGCUUUUCAAUUGAUGCAUUCACAGUCAUUGAUAAGCUUGUAUAUUUUUAACUUCCCAAAGUAUUGGCAGUGUUAGAAACUAUAGCAUACUAAAUCCGCCAGUGAUUUGGACAGUCUACAGGCUGAUGUGACAAAGAUUUGCUGUAGUAUUCUCUUAUUUUUAAAAAUUGUUUUUUUUUUGUACUCUGCCUAAAGACAAGCCACUUGGUUUGUGGUCUACUUUAACUUCAUCCUGAGCUGUUUCUCUGUCAGGUUUUGUUAAUGACAGUUUGUCAUUGCCUUGCACCCUCUGAAGCAAGGUGAGGAGGUGAGUUCCAGGUCUACCUCAGCUAGAGUGGGAAUUGAACCUACGCUGUUGGUGUUAUUCUGAACCACACAUUGGCAAUCUAGCCAAUUGUGAUAACUGGCUCCUUAGCUCAUCAAAUUCACAACAUUUUGAAGAGAAAUGCAAUCUGCUAUUCAAGCAAAUUGGCAGCACCAUAGAUGCUGCCUGAUCUUUGCCUUCAACCUGAAGAGUGCUUGCUUCUAUAGCUCUCUCAUUUGCAAUUGAUCUAAUCACUAUAGAAGUUACUAGAUUUAGUCAAUUAAGAUGGAAAGAGUUGUAUUUACAUCACAUCUUUUGUGACUGCAGGUCACCCCAAAGUGCCAAUGAAGUGCUAUUAAAGUGUACUUGCUGUUUGCCUAAUUUCCCACAUUACAACAGUAAGUCUGAAAUCCAAAUACUUGUUGGUGACUAUUAUAUCUUCAUAUAUAAAAAUUUUGCUGUUUUUACCACUAACAAAAAAUAUUAUUCAUAGAAUGGUAAACUAUUCUGAAAUAAUAACAAUUGGUUUUAUACUGAUCUGUCGAAUAAAAUGCACAUAAAUAGCUAUUGAAUAUUAUCUUUGAAGGCCCGAGGUAAAAAAAAUGUAAAAAUCUCCUUUGCUUCAACCAGAUCCUACAAGAAAUGAUAUGGUUAGUUGGAAUUUAGUUCCUUCUGUUACAAGCAACAUUGUCCAGAAUUCAUUGGGCUACCCAGCUGAGAAUCCGAAAGUGGCAUGUUGGAAGGCAUUCUUCAGAGGAUUGAGUUAAGGUGUGCUUUUGGGCACAGUUUUAGAAAGGGUCUCAGUGUGCAGUUAGACUGCCUAAUAUCUGACUUGGGAUUGGUUAAAAUCCCUCUCUAACUGAGCCCAUGAAAAUUCAGUAAAAUCUGAAAGUUUCCAUCAAACAAUAAUUUUAAUAUGUAUUUAUAUGUGCUUUCCUGGAAUCAGCCACAAAAUCAACACCUGUCUAGUUGAAAUGAUUCCAAUGAUGAAAAGCUACAGUUGAUGCACAUUUGGGAUUUUUAAAGAUUUUGUAUGCUUCAUAUAUUAGGUGCCUCAAAAUAUUUCAAAAGCCCUUUAUGCUCAAUGAAUAGCAACCAGUGACUGUGCAUAUAAGGCAAUCACUUUAUGUGUACCAAAAUGGCACAAUCAAUGACCAGAUGAAUAACUCAUUAAUCUUUGUUUCAUCUUGGUAUUGUUAGUUGAAGGAUGGAUGUUAGCUAGGUUACCAGGAAAUUAUCUGUUCAUCUUCCAACAGUACCAUUCGAUCCUCGGUAUCUACUAAGUUAUUGGGAAGAGUAAUGAUCAGGGCCUUUUCUAAAAAAAAAGUCACGCACAGGAUAUGGGUGCCACUGGCUGAGCCAGAAUUUAUUGCCCACUUCCAGUUGACCUGAAGAAGGUGAUGGUGAGCUGUUUUUUGAAAUCCGCAUUCUACCUGGUCUUGGUACAUUCACAAUGUCGUCAGAUAUGGAGUUUGAGGAUUUUGACCCUGCAAUACUGAAGGAAAGUUUAUAUAUUUCCAAGCCCAGAUGUCAAGUGGCUUGGAGAGGAACUUGCAGGUGGUAGUAUUUCCAUGUACCUGCUACCCUCAUACUUCCAGAUGGAAGUAAUUGAGGAGUUGGAAGGUGCUGUCUAAGGAGCCUUAGUGAAUUUUUGCAGUGCAUCUUGUUGAUAGUACACACUGCUGUUACUUUGCAUCAGUGGUAAAGAGACUGAAUGUUUGUGGUUGUGGUGUCUGUCAAGCGGGCUGCUUUGUCCUGGAUGGUGUCACCCUUUUUGAAUGUUGUUGGAGCUGAACUUAUCCAGGCAAUUAGGGAGUAUUUCAUCAUACUCCUGACUUGUGCCUAGAUGGUGGACAGGCUUUGUGGAGUCAGGAUUUGAGUUGCUUGUAUUCGUAGCCUCUGACUUGCUAUGAUAGUCACAGCAUUUAUACGGCUAGUGCAGUUCAGUUUCUGGUCAUUUGUAACUCUCCUUGAUGUUGACAGUGUGUACUUCAGUGAUGGUAAUACAAUUGAGUGUCAUAGGGUAAUGGUUAAAUUCUCUUAUGGGAAAUGACCGUUGCCUGGAAUUUGGGUGGUGUGAGUGCUAUGUGCCAUUUGUCAGCCCAAGCCUAGAUUUUGUCCAGAUCUUGUUGCAUUUGGGCAUGGACUGCUUCAAUAUCUGCGGAGUCACGAAUGGUGCUGAACAUUAGUUCUGAUAAUAUGAUGGGAGCAAGGUGAUUGAUAAAGCAGUUUAAGAUGAUUGGGCCUAGGACUGUACCCUGAGGAACUCCUGCAGAGAUGCCCUGAAGCUGAGGUGACUGACCUCCAACAACAAAACCAUUUUCGUAAGUAACAGGUAUGACUUGAAUCAGUGGAGAGUUUGCCCCCAAUACCAAUUGAUUCCAGUUUUGCUAGGGCUCCUUGAUGCCAUACUCGGUCGAAUGCGACCAUGAUAUCAAGGUCGGGAGCUGAGUGGUCCUGGCAGAAUCCAAACUGGGCAUCCCAGAGCAGGUGCUGUUUGAUAGCACUGUUGAUGACACCGUCCAUUGCUUUACUAAUGAUCGAGAAUAGACUGAUGGGAGGGUAAUUGGGUUUCACUUGGCUUUUUAUGUACAAGAUAUAUCUGGGAAAUUUUCUAUGCAGUCUGAUAGACACCACUGUUGUAACUUGGCAAAGGGCACAGCAAGUUCUGGAUCAAUACUACUGCCAGAAAGUUUUCAUUUCUUGAUAACGUGGAGUGAAGUGAAUUGGAUGAAGAUCAGCAUCUGUGACACUGGGGAGGCCACAAUGAAUCAUCUACUGAGCACUUCUGGCUGGAGCUGACUCUGAAUCUUUUGCUAUAACAUGUACUGAGAAUGGGGAUGGCUGUGGAGCCUCCUCCUCUUCCAGUGAGUUGUUUGAUUGUCCUUCACCAUUUAUGACUAGAUAUGGUGGAACUGCAGAUCUUAGAUCUGAUCUGCCAGUUGUGGAAUCACUUAGCUCUGCCUAUCAGCUGCUGGUUUUGCUGUUUGAAAUGGAAGUAGUCCUGUUUUGUAUCUUUACCUGGUUAAUACCACAUUUUUAGGUAUGCCUGGUGCUGUUCCUGCCAUGCCCUCUUGCAUUGAGGCAUUGAGCCAUUGAUCUCUUGGUUUGAUCUUAAAGGUAAAGUAGGGGAUGUGCUGGGCAUUGAGGUUGCAAAUCGUGUUGGAGUGCAAUUCUGCUGCUGUUGAUGACUCUCAGAACCUCAUGGAUGCCCAGUCUUAAGGUAGCAGAUUUAUUCAAAGUCUAUCCCAUUUAGCAUUGUGGUAUUGGCACACAAUAUGAGAUGUUUUUCUCAAUGUGAAAGCAGGACUUGGUCUCCACAAGGACAGUGCAGUGGUCAUUCUCCCGAUACUGUCAUGGACAGAUGCUCCUGGGAUAGGCAGAUUGGUAAGAAUGAGAUCAGUUAUGCUUUCCCCUCUUGUUAACAGCUUUUUCAAAGAAUGGCACUUUUAAAACUGUUGUGUAUUGUCAAGCAUUGUCACGAUCGAUUAUGUCAAAGUCCUAGAAGUGUAACAAAAGCCUGUGGUUUUCUAGGAGUGAUUCUUGUCUGUCUUCAACACAUAAAGAUUAUAUGUUUAAUGUUUGAGCCCCAGGAUUGAUCAGCUGAAAUGUGCACAUUUUCCCCAAAAUUUGUACAUAUUGUUCUGUCGUCUAUCCCUGGAGUUUUUUUUUCCCAAAUCCAUUUUCAUUGCUGCAGCGUGAAUGUUCUUCCAUUGGAAGGACCUGCUUCAUGAAACUCAAUUUUUACCACAGAUGCACCAUUGACACUGGGAAUUUAGUAUAUAGACAGUUUCUCCCUGUUUCACUUGAAAAAAUUAUUGUUAAUUUGUACUUGAAACUCCAGUGUUCAGUCAUUAAAAGCAACCACAACAGAUGUCAGCAGCUAUGAGGUGAUUUUUGCAAUUAUUACAUACUGUCAUCUCAGUUUUCAUGACUUUUCUUAGGCAUGAGUUGGAUUCUACCCAGGUUCUUCUCAAACAUGAUUCUUGGAUGAUCUUUUUCAGUUAUUUUACACCAUUUUGUGUAUUUAAAUCUGUACAGAUGUAAGAUGGAGUUGGUUCAUUGUUGCAUCAGUGUAGAGGAUGGUACAGUUUGAUCCUUAAUAUGCUAAAUUAUGACAGCACCUUGUGAAAACUUUGCUACGUCACUGUGCUUGUAGGGUACUAUAGAGCUGACAGAUCAAAAUCAUUUGAGAUUUGUAAUACAGAUGCUCUGUGAUAAAAAUGUAGCAUGGUCUGAAGUGUUUUCACAAUACCUCCUGUGGUUUCGCCCCUUAGCUGAAAGAGAAAGAAACCUCGAGUUCAGCAGUUUCUAUUCUGGCUGAUCAACACUGACAGUUGAAGACAGUUGAAGACAAAGUCAUGAAUUGCAUGUAUAGUAAUCAGUUAUUGCUUGGACCGAGAGAGAAAAAGAGGCAGUUAGGCAUUUCAAUCUUAUGAAUUUAACAUUAUGCUGUAAAUAAUGCAACAGCCCAGACAAGCAGAAGUUGAACCGCCUUUCAGAAUUUCAAAUUGACUGUUACCAAAGUCCUGAUUGGUAUGAGGUUAUUGAUUUGCUCGCCAAGCUGGCUGGUUAUAGUUCAAACUAUAUGAACUAUAUAUUACAAGCCAGCUCGGCGAGCAAAUCAACAACCUCACCCACAACCUGAGCUACAAAUCUUUGCAAGAACCUUAAACUCCUGAUUGGUAUCAUUGAAUGCAACGUUUGGCAGCAUGAAUUUCAAUUCUAUUCAGAUCAUAGUUUUAUAUAUCUUAAGAGGCUCUGCAUCCUCUUAGUUGCUUCUAAUUAUGAUUUGCUAAGCAACGACUGAUGAUUAAUUGCUACCUGUCACAAAAUAUCAGGGUUUCCUUUUUCUAUUAAGUGUUUCUAUUCCAGAAGAGCUGACUGCAAUGUAGAUUUCAUUCCCUAUUGACACGUAGAUAGAAUUUCUCCAUGCAGGUUCCUUGAUUUUCCAGCAUGACUUAGUUGAAAGUUGUUGGAAACCCCAGUGAAAUGACAUUAACGACCAGUCUGGCUGUUUGUAUUUUCCACAGUGUUUCCAUUAAAAUUCUGGAGGGAGGCCGGAAAGACACCUGCAUAGUUGCUAGCUGUCCAUUUUCUAAACGUUGAGAAAUCCAAACUUUGAACUGCAGCAAGGUAGAAAGGGACGAAGAGAGUUAAUCAACAUUUGAUUUCAGGUUAUACCUUUCAAACAGUGUACCUGAGAGGAAAUGGACAAACUGCAAAAGAGACCAUUUGACCUGUUUUGUCAGCAUCAACAUGGAAUUUCAAAAAUUUUGCUUGGAAUUUAGUUUUGGGCUUUUAGUUGAUCAAUAUUUAGUGAUACCACAUUGAAAAUUUUAGCAAACUUUUCAGGGCAGAAGCGUUGGCAAAAUCGUAAUUGUUAGUCAAUCUGUUGUUUUAAAACCCAUUAUGUCAUUCAACCAGGUUUAAUUUUUUCAAGAGCUUUUACUGAGAUUGAUAGUGUGAGAAAUGGAUGUUCAAACCAAAUCAGAUAACUUGAACAGUGCCCACUUGGAGCAGUGGCAAUUCAUUGACAUCAGCUUUGGGCUUCUGUACUUGACAGGCAUGUGAGGUAUUACUGUUCAUUUCACAUUUGUAAUCAUAGGGAGCAUUUACAAUUUCAUCAUCAUUAUGACAGUAAAAUCCUAGGUCAGCAUUAUUAACAAUGUUCUUCAAUUGUGAAUUACUUAUGAGGCUUGAGGGUUGAAUCUAAUGUUUUUGUUUACAAUAGUUUGAGACAUCUCAGUUAACAAUGUAACAUUGUGAUUCACUGUGGCUUAGUCAUGAUUUCUGUGAACAUUGAAAAUGACAUUUUCUUAAUUUCCUAACAUCAGGAACUGAUCGAUUCAAUAGUUGUGCAAUAGUAUGAGAAAUGUCAAUUACUUGAGACUAUUUCUAAGGAAUGUAUGAAUUUGAAAAUUGCGUGUAAAAUGUAACUGACCUUUUCUAUGGAUAAUUUGAUCCUCGAGACUUUGUUUUAGUGGAACAUAGGCUGGUUAACUUUAAACAUUAAGUGAUGCAGAGAUUUUGUUACCAUGAUGCAAGUGUAAGUUAAGCAGCUGUCAUUGGUAAUAUUAAAUAAACAACACUUCUUUUGUAAUGGCUAAUUUAGCAGCAAUUUGUCUAGUUUGUCAAGAUGGAUAAUGAUACAGAAAUAGAAUGUGCAUUUCUAUUUUUCUAAAUAUCUGCUCUUUGAAAUUAUACAUUUAUUAUAAGUAGUCAAACUGCCACAAAUCUUGUAAAAUAAAUAGCUUUGUAAUUGAAACAAAUGACACCUGUAAUUAAGGUCUGACUUUGUCUCCCUCAACAGCUGAUGUACUUCAGCUAAAUAAAUACAUUUGUUGAUCUUGAA